AUGAUCAGUUUUCUCGAGAAUGGACCUCAAUCAGGGAGAGUCGGAACAGUCAGCCUACCCAGGAACUUCCUGUCUGAUUUCAAACAACUCGUGGAUUGUCUAAAGGGAGACGAGCUCAAAACGAAUAUUGAUAACGCAAGGGCUAAUGUUUUCCCACGGAUGACACUCUUGCCGAAGGAAUUCAACUUGUGCAUUCUAUAUGCCACUAGUCUGGUAUAUUGUCUGUCCAGGCUGAUGAUCCUAGGGCUAGCGGUUGCUAGUCUGCGCUAUAUGCCAGAUAAAGUUUAUGUAGAAACGUGGACAGCGAAUAUCCCUGCUAUUUGA